UUCCGUCUUUCGGCGCAACAUGACGACGAUUCCCGAUUGGGACGAUGACUCCGAUCAUCUCACAAUUUCGAAAAUAAUCUGCAAAAUCGGCAACAACGUGCGCGACAAACAAAAAAAGAACGAAGAUGCCACCGCCGAAAUCGAAAAACUGAAAAAAAUGUUUCUCAAGAAAAAUGCUUUCGCUUCCUUAGUCGUGUGCAAAACUUUUGUGAAACUUUGCGAAAGUGCUUCCAUAGACAACAAACAAGUAAUGGCCAUCUUCCUGCCUAUGCUACAAAACUCCAGUUACGAGCAAUUCACGUCUAUCGUAGAGUGCAUUUUUGAUGUUUCCUUGCUGGCGUUGAGGAAAAGUUGCGGUACGACGUCUCGUUAUGUGUGCGAAUACAGAAUUGUCGCGCCCGAACAACAUCCGCUUAUGGCACUUUUUUCCAAAGAAACGCUAAAUGCAUCGGAAAGGCGAUAUUUUUUGCUUCAACAGAUCGAUCAGGCACUGAAUCAUCAUGAAAAGCUAAUUUUCGAGAAAUCCACGGAAUAUUUGAAGCCAGUGUUGCUUUAUGUCUUCAGUAAUUUAGUUUACAGCGACGCCCUGUGGAAAAGUUUGCUCCUAAAAAGUCGCGGAGGAGAAAUUUUCUACCAAGAUGUCAUUCUCUAUAGCAGAAGUGACUGUUCCGCCAAUGCCUUGUACACAAAUAACUUAAUUUGCAAAGCCACAAAAUAUUUUUUGAAGGUCCGCGACACUUCAGAGCUUCAAAGUUUGUCACUUUGCUUGAUUGUAUCGACAACAAAUGUCGCGGAACGAGGAAUUUCCGUUACAAAUCCGCUGCAACUCGUGUUUCAUCUACUUUGUGAGCACCUAAGUGGCUGUAAUGUCACCGGAUCUUUCACAAAUGUCGCAAUUAUGCUUCUGGCGGAUCUUUUACAAGUCGCCUCGCCUUAUGACACGUUAAUUUUAACGAAAAUCCUGAAAAAUUUGAUAGUUGAACGCGGAUUUGGCACGUCAUUCGCUUUGAAUAUGGUUCUGGAUGGACUUACACAAAAACUUUCGUGCUCUACGACGACGUCGGAAUGCGUUUCGAACAUCGAAGACAUUUUUAACUACGUUUCAACGCGAGAUAAUAACAAAAGGUUUUACGAGGAAUGCGGACAAACGAAGAAUUUGAGCAGUUACGGGUUUUUCGAUGAGCGAAUCGCGGCUUAUACCGAAUUUGAUGACUUUUUGAGGCGCACAAGUGAUGCCAAUAUGACGGAUGUUAUGAAGCAGCUCAAGAAUUUCAGUCAAAAUUAUCCGUUAAUAGCGAGAGGAUUGUUUCUGAGUAAUCAAUUGAGGUACGAUGCUUGGUUGGAAGUUCAUAAGCAACUUGUUGAGAUGAAUAAAAAGAGUAAAAAGAUGCAAAAUUCGUGGAGGAUGCCGUUUUUGUUCAAAAUUGCCAAUGAAAUGCAUCCGAAAACGAAAAAUUUGCUGUUGAAGAGUUUGCCGGACUUUGGAAAAGAUGCCGUCAUUAAUACGAUAACGUGCAUUGCGAAGACUACGGGAAAAGCGUACGCGAUAAGUCUUUAUUUGAAGCUGUGGUUGAUCGAUGGAAAGACAUUUUCCAUUUUGAGUGAGGCGCUGAAGGAGAAUUCGCAGAAAAGGACAGCGAUCGAGGCGUAUGAGACACAAAUCGCGAAAGCUUAUGUUAUUAAGCAGAUUUGUGAGUUGAAACCUACUCAACACGGCGCAGACCUAAUUCAACCAAUUUCUGAGCUCCUGAACACUCCAGAUAACGAAGUAACGAUCGUCCUCGCGAUCGAAUCUCUCGCCGUUCUUUGCGAAAACUUGGUUGUCGACAUCGUCAGCACCUGGAAUGAGAUCAGCUUCAAAUUUCGUUACGAAAAUCGUGUUCGAGUCUUGAAAUCUUUGUUCAUCUUUUUCUCAAAAAUCCCAAAACUCCAAAAAAAUUCAAAAGAAUUCAUCGAUUUCACCCGCGAAAUCAUCAAAAAGUUGUGGUCCAAAGCCUUAUAUCACAUCGACAACGACAUUUCGGUUUGCGGCGCCGCGAUCGAUUGUCUUGCUCUGUUUCCAAAAAAUCUUUUGUUCGUCGAUGACAUCCCAGCGUUACUGAAAAAAGGCUUAAAACUCGAAAAAGAGCCGGAUGGAAUGAAUUCUGGUCCUCCGGAGCUGAUUAGUUUAGAAGAUGAGGCUUUGCCGGAAGUUUGGAUCAACUUAAUGGAGAACACUUAUCGGCAAUGCAUUGAAAACGUCGCGUGUCUCGUUUCAAAUCUCAUUUCGGAAGAAGUCAAGGAGUUCCGUGGAGGUGUUUAUAUCGUUCCCGAAGGUCGAAGUGAGCCCAAGGACUUUAAAAAUCUCCCCGAGAAGAGCGUUUUACGGGCAAUUAUUCAAUUUUUGCUGCAGCAAUCGAAGCAACAAACCGCCGACGAUCACAUCAUCAACGGAUUAUUGAAAGCUUUAGCAUUUAAAUACCCAAAGCCCCUCCCUCCCCUGGAUUGGAACUUUUUGCACGAAUUUUUCCACAACGGCAUCGAUUUGAAACACAAUUGCAUCCGAAUUUUAUCGAAUCAAAUGUCUUCGUCGAAAACCGCCAAGCAAAUGAUGGAAAAUUACAUCCGAAACUUUGACAUCUCGAAUUUUCAGGAAGAAGACAUCGGAGUUUUGUAUGAAAUGUUACCAGAAUUGACUGAAUCCGCAGACGAAGCGAUUUACGGGAUUUUUGUUAAGAAGUCGAUCACUUUUUCACAAAGCUCUGACUGCUCCAACAUCUUAUUUGAGCACAUUUUGACCUCAAUUCCGGCUGUUUUCAAGAACAAAACGCUCGAAAGUAAGAAAAAUUUCAUAAAUUUGUGCGAAACUUUGGAAGAAACGAUCAUCCAGCUCGAAACUCAUGAUGAAAUCUUCAUGAAAUUCGUAAAAUUGACAAAAACGCUGCCUUUCAAGUCACUCAACAAGAUAAUAAUGAACGGAAUUCAAAGUAAAAAGACAAUUUGUUACAAAAAAUCUUUAACUUUGAUCAAAGCGGCAUGCACCAAUGCCUCCCGUGACGCUGAUAACCCCCUAAAAUGGCUCAUGCAGGCAAUCGAUGAGACCCAAAAGAAGCCAAAUCAGCAAUUAAUGACGUUAGAAACAGUAAUUGACAUUUUUUCCGUACAUCAGUCAGCGAAAAGUUGCACUUUUAUCACGGAACUCUUGACAAAUAUCCAAAAUUCCUUGAAAAAAGACUCUUCUGAGCUCAUGAAGAUGCAAGCAAAGAACAAACAAGACAUAAAUCUCGAAUCAGUGGUUGUCCUGGACAAUUGUUACUUGAUCGAAGUCUUCAUAACGUGCGUCAUUGCGUUAUCUGGCAACGGAUUUAUGUUCAAAAACUCGAUGGAUAACGAAUCGAAUCGCAGUAUCAAGAGUUCGCGUUGCUUCCCGCACAGCUUAUGCACGUUACUGACCCAAGAUUCGUGGAAAGAGCAACAAGGCACCGUUUUGGAGACACUUUUCACAUGUUAUCAACACAAAAAUGUACCCGACUUGUAUGCGGAUAUGUUCAAAAACGGCAUAAUUUGCUGCAAAAACUUGACUUAUUUCAACCAACCGCAAAUUUGGCAUCGAUUUAUCAUGGCACAUCGUUAAAUUUCAUCACUUGACGCGAAAUUUUUAUUAGAUAGACAAUAAAAAAUUGCUUUUUUAGCGUUAGAAUAGGCUGAAAAUCAACGAAAUUUUAUAAUUUUCCGAUUAAUCGAUGUCCUAGCUUGCUGUGGAGGAUGUCA